AUGGUGAGGCCUGGAAAGCAGCGAGCAAAUGCCGAGAAGAUGGACGUCAAGUCCAACUACACCUUCUCUACCGGAGGUGCGGCUUUUGACGACGGCCUCGAAGAUUCUGGCUCAGCCAUGCAGGUGUACCGUGUCAGGUCGGGCCUGACGCACAUGCAGAGCAAGUCAGAUAAAGAAGUGGAGGCCACGUACGAGACGCUUCAGUCCAUCUUUAGGCUCGGCUUGGAGCCCGUCUUCACCAUCGACCCCCAUAACCUUGAGGCCACGAACAAGCGUAUAAUCGAGGCCAUCGAGGCCAAGGAGAGUCUGGUGGUUGCUGCUGGAUAUUUCAUCCCGCAGCUCAAGGCACAAGUCUCGCUCGGCAAGCCGGCCGAGAUGCGCGAGAAGCCCUUGCUGGCGAGCGACUUUCAGGACAAGGUGUCUGUCGUUGCUUACGAGAUUGGCCGGCAUGGCAAGGCGGCCAAGGCCAUGUGUCUCGUCAACCCUGACAAGGAGGGCGUGUGUAUGUCGAUGAACAUACCCAGCAGCAAGGGUCGCGUCUUCUUCAAUCAGCAUCUCAUGGACCUGGAAGAAGGCACGAAGAAAGUGAGAGAGCGGUCUCUGGGUGCCCGUAUCGGCGCUGUCACCGAUCCGUCGUGGGCCCAAGAGGUCCAAGGGGAGGCCAAGGACAACGGUACCGACAAGUCAAAUUCCGGAAAGAACAAGGUCAUCUACAAGGCCAUUCCGGGCGAGACUUUUUCGACCAAGGCGCGCCUGGCGCGUCUUGCGGCCAAGCUCGACUCGGCUCCCGUCGACGACCCCUCGAUCGUCAAGGAGAUCAUUGCCGAAGCCGAGGGCCUGGCGCUGGGCCAUGAAGCGACUGCGGCCAACCAUGGGAUCAUUCAACUCCUCUGUGUCGACGAGCCGUUUGAGCGCGACGCCGCCAAGCUAGCCCUCGUACAGAUUCAGAACCUGUGGCCGGAACUCUUCCGUAUCGCCAGAGUAUCUGAGUCACUUGACGUCGAACUGCUGUUCCGCGUUGGCUAUGCGCUCCGCCACCAACUCAAGAACUCUGUGGUCGUCGAGUACGCCACAGUCAAGCCCUUCCUCGGCAUGGUCGUGAUCCUGGGCGGUGCCGAGGGUGACGUCCAGGACGAGGCGUGGGGACACCGGGUGAAGUCUGCCCAUGACGCCGCCGCCGGCUUGUUCUGCGGCAUCGCGCCGACCGCGAGCGACACGGCCAAGAAGCCAAUCAAGCGCGACGCCGCCCUCACUAUGGUGAAGAGAGACCUGGAGUCGAUUCGAAAGCUCCUCAAGGACGCGGCCACUUCGAUCAACCAGGGCGCUGCCCGCGCGUUCGACUACAAGUUCCUCCCCCGCCUCAUUCCCCUAGGUGAGGCCCUCAACAAGCUCGCCAACUGCCACGAAUACAACGCGGCCCGGGCCUAUAUCGAGGCCAUUUAUCGGAACAUUGCGCAGGACUACGAGCGCCUGUACGGUGGAGUCAUUCUCCGCGCGGUCCAUGCCUGCGAGGGACAUGUUGACGAGCUGGAGAUUGAGGAAGAGGACGAGGGCGAUGAGAAGGGCGGCGUAGAGGAGGGUGAGGAUGGCGAUGACGAGGAUAUGGAAGUUUGA